UUGACCUGCUUGUUCGUGUCUAGCUGAGCAUGUUGCGCCGCCGACGCGGUGUUGGUUGGACUGUCCUUGCUGCAUGGAUUGCGCUGCGACUGCAUCCAGCUUGGAGCUCUUUCAGGAGCACAUUGCGGUUAACCGAGUCAACCAACUAUCGCUUUCGACGGAGACUGAUGGCCCUGCCCAAUGAUGGCAUGACCGUGGCAGAGCUUGCCGAGAGGCUUCGCGGACAGGGGCUGAAGACAAAUGGCAGGACAGAUGAGAAGGCAGGCCAUAUGCUUGCAGACCUCAUCGAACAUCUUGCAAAAGGGAACGAGGCCACUUUGUCUGGAAAUGCAGCUAUUGCGUCGCAUUCGCCUUCAAGUCCGAAAGUGCAAGCGGUUGAUCCAGAGGCUCUUUUGGCAGAGCUGCUUGCUCUGGAUGGUCAAGUAAGCAAGGAGGAUUAUUUUGAUGAUGCAUCGGGCCAUUGGGACCUAGAAGGGGUGAGGGAUGACCUGCGCUUGGCCAAAGAGAAGGCCGCAUCUGCUCCGCCAUCAGCUCCGUUGCCGGCAGCAGAACCUGCAACAUCUCUGGCUGAAGCAGCAGGUGGAGAUGAGGCAGAGGCUCUUUUUGUAGAGCUGCUUGCCCUGGACGGUGCAGCAAGCAAGGAGGAUUAUUUUGAUGCAUCGGGCAAUUGGGACCUAGAUGGGGUGAUGGACGACCUGCGCUUGGCCAAAGAGAAGGCCGCAUCUGCUCCGCCAUCAGCUCCGCUGCCAGCAGCAGAACCUGCAACAUCUCUGGCUGAAGCAGCAGGUGGAGAUGAGGCAGAGGCUCUUUUUGUAGAGCUGCUGGCCCUGGACGGUGCAGCAAGCAAGGAGGAUUACUUCGAUUCUGCUUCUGGCACUUGGGACAUAGAUGGACUGAUGGAUGACCUGGGCCUCGCCAAAGCAGCAAAGGCCGGUGCUCCGGCAUCAGCUCCUUUGCCGGCAGCAGAACCUGCAAAACCUCCGGCUGAAGCAGCAGGUGGAGAUGAGGCAGAGGUUCUUUUAGUGCAGCUGCUGGCCUUGGAUGGGGAAGCUAGCAAGGAAGAUUACUUCGAUGCUGCUUCUGGUGUCUGGGACAUGGAUGGGCUGCAGGACGACCUACGGCUUGCCAAGGGGAAGGUGCGUGCAACUACGUCAGAUCCCAGUAAUCAAGCAGAUUCCCUACUUGCUGAGCUGCGAAGUAUUGAUAGUACGAUCUCCAAGGAGGACUACUUCGACGCCGUGACGGGGGCUUGGGAUAUGGAGGGACUUCAAGACGACUUGAGACUAGCGCAGGCUUCUCUUGGAGCAGUCGAAGAUGGUGAAGAUGGUACUGGGCUCCUGGCAGAGUUGCGCGUUUUCGAUGACUCGUUUACCAAGGAGGAUUACUUUGACGCAGACACCGGACAGUGGGACAUUGAAGGCCUUCAGGAUGAUCUGCGCUUGGCCAAGGAACGAGCAAAAAAGAAGCUGGAGGCAAGCCAUGCCCAUCCUGGAUCAAGUGGCCAGGCAGAGAAUGGGGAGCUCCUGUUUCAGCGUGUGAGGAGCCUGUCACCAGCAGCUCUCCAGGAGGACUACAUGGUCAAUGGACAGUGGGACUUGGAUGCGCUGAAAGUAGACUUAGAACUGCAAGAAUCCUUGCGGCCAUGAAAGACGAUUUCACUGAGGUGCGCCACCCUGCUGCCAGAGUUGCCUUGCUCCCUGAAGGAUAGAAUCUCAAGUCAUGUUUGUUUCCGGGCUAGGACCGGCGAACCAAGAUGACAGGUUUAGCGCCACUUAGCGCAAGCUCCGAAGAGUGUGAAGAAAGAAUCCAAUGCGCAGGAUUGCUGGGGAUUACACCAAGCAAGCUUUUUGAACCGGUCUCGAGAUGCAACCUCUGAAAGAGUUGCGGUGAUAUGUUGUUUAGACUGUUCUAUGCUAACCUUUGUGAAGCCAAGAUGGCUACGACAUAGCUUGGGAAGGGCUACUCUUGACUUUUCUUGGGAAGGAGGGGUUCGCACGGUUCGAUCUCUUGACAAAUCCAUAACUCCCCUUUGUUUUGAUCGACCAAGAAUAGUUAUAUAACUUUCUUUAGACUCUCUGCCCCUUGUUACCAAUGAGCCACAGUAGUAAUAACG